AAAAAAAAAAAAAAUCAGAGUUUAGAAAAUAUAAAACACAUGAAGAACAGUAAUUUGGUAGGCAAUCGCCGUCGAUGAUGGAAAGCAUGUACAGGCCAGGUGUUAGCUCUAUUUCCAUAGCAUAAAAGAAUAAACUAUUUUUUAACCAUCCCCUCCUCAUUUUCCACGUUUUCAUUUUACAACAAAGCCCACAGCUUUUGCUCUGUUCUGUUCUGUACCAAACCAAAAAAAAAAAACAUCAUGGUGGAAACCAGAUGUCGGGUUGUGAAACCACGUCGUUUUAUAUUUCUUAUUGUUUUCUGCAUCACUCUGUCCCCUUUACUCUCCUUUUCUUUUCUGUGGGCAUUCAUAUUUUUCUAUAUAUCCGCCAUAUGCAAAUCCUUCACAUCCUCACACCAUCUUCCCCUGAUUCUACCCUCUACAAAUGCUUCCCAAAUUGGGGAGACCCUUUAGAAUGAAGGAGAGAAAUGGUAAGCUAAGAGAAACUGACAAUAAUCCCAGAAAUUCGAAGGCUGUUGGGUUAGGAAUCCUUGUUCAUCGCUCACCACAACCAAAUCUCCUGCUUAAACACUCCACAAAACUUGCUUCUUCCACUCAAAUCAUUUCCAACAAUUCAUGUUUUCUCAAAACAUGUCUUCUUUGCCACAAGAAUCUGGACCCCCACGAAGAUAUUUACAUGUACAGGGGUGAUCAAGGUUAUUGCAGCAUAAAGUGUAGAAACCAGCAGAUUGAAAAUGAUGAAAGGAGAGAAUUAGAAGAUUCUACCAGGAAAAUACUUGAAUCUUUCAGACAAUGUCAUAAAAAUGAACCAAUUGAAACUCACCUUCUCUUAGAGGAUCUCCAGCGCCAACAUAACCGCCUUCCUGUUUCAUAGUCUUAUUGUCUCUUCCACCUGCUUCAUGUUUCAGAAAAUGUAAAUUAAAAUGGACAUUAGCAUUUAGCAAUAAAAGAAAACAAGAGAAGUUGGAUCUUUGUUGUCUUUGUAUUCAUUGCCAGAUCGAUGUUGUAUCAGAAAAGGAAAAGGGUGUAAGAUUUGAAGCUCUUUUGGAUAAUUUAAUUUUUGGUUGUGAUGAACUGAUGAUUAUGUAAGGCUGAAAAAACAUAUGAAAGAGAUAAGAUAUGAAGGGUUGCUACAAUAGCUGAGCUAAAUGAAGUCAAAUGUUUAUGAAU